AUGGCCCUCACCGGGCUCUGCCCCCCAACCUUCGCCCCCCUCCACACCCUCCUCACGACCGCCCUCACCUCCGGCGCCGAACUCGGCCUCUCCUUCACCGUCAACCACAACGGCACCACCAUCAUCGACCUACACGGCGGGCACACCGACACCGCCCGCACCCAACCCUGGCAAGCCAACACCAUCGUCAAUGUUUUCUCUACCACCAAGGGUCUCGCUGCCCUCGCCGUGCUCAUCCUCAUCGACCGCGGACUUGUGUCGCCCGAUGACCCUGUCGCGGAACACUGGCCCGAGUUUGCCGCGAACGGGAAGGAAGCGCUUAAAAUCCGCCAUGUGCUGGCGCAUACCUCCGGCGUGGCCGGGUUUGACGACAAGACGGGGCUAGAGGAUUUGUUUGAUGAGCGAGCGUGUGCAGACAAGCUCGCGCGGCAGGCGCCAUGGUGGACACCGGGAACGGCAUCCGGGUAUCACAGCUGGACGUAUGGGUAUUUGCUUGGGGAAAUUGUCCGGCGGGUGACGGGGCUGGGACUGAGGGAGUUUGUCGUGAAGGAGAUUACCACACCGCUGGCUGGAAACAAUGGUGGGGCAGUGGUGGAUUUCCAGAUUGGUGCGCCGGAUGAGAAGGAUUGGGGUCGGAUCUCCACGCUGGUGCCGCCGCCGCCGUUUUCUGUAGGCGGGGGUGGUGAUCUAGCGAAUACGAAGUCGAUCCCGGUGCGGUCGCUGAUGAAUCCUAUGAUUUCACCGACUGAUGCGUUGACGCCGGCGUGGCGGCGGGCGGUGAUUGGGUCGGGGAAUGGGCAUGCUAAUGCGAGGAGUAUUGCGCAGGUGUUUUCACAGGUGACGCUGGCGGGCAGGAAGGACCAGGGUGGAAUCCUGCUCUCUCAAAAGACGGCCGAGUUGGUCUUUGAGGAGCAGGCGCUUGGGCCGGAUCUCUCGGUCGGGCAGAACUGGCGGCUUGGGCUGGGCUAUCUUAUCCGUGGCCAGGGCGGGACGGUCCUGGAUGACUGGCUGCCUGAUGGGAGGAUUGCGGUUUGGGGCGGCUGGGGAGGGUCGAUCGUAGUGAUGGACUUGGACCGGGGACUCACGAUUGCGUAUGCCAUGAAUAAGAUGGCCGGCACGGGGCCUGCCACGCCGCUGCUGAGGAAAUACGUCAGGGUGGUGUAUGCUGCGCUGGGUGUUGAGUUUUAG